UUUCCCGGAUAAGGGUUGGGCUUGUCUGGGCGUUUGUGUUGAUGUCGACUGCCUAGCCUCGUGAGUUGUUGCUGGCCAUGGCUGAAGGUCGCGGCGUUCUAGAAGAGUAUGACGACUACCGCUAUGCGAAGUUGGACAGACAACCGACUACUUCAGAAGGAAGCAACCAGAGAGUGAGAUGCAGAGAGGACCAUGUUGCAAGACAACCCAAUGAAAUUUCAUGCCCUGCGGGAGCCAUAGUGGAAGUAGUAAGAAGAGAUAUUAUAUCUGGUUGGUGGCUGGUUUGCUACUGUGACCAAGUGGGGAAAAUACCUAGUAUGAAGCUUGCUUUGGAUGAUGUUUUAUGGAGAAAUCAGACUGCUACAUCAGCUGGGCCUGUGUCAAGUCAAAUAUCACCUCGAUUAGACAGUCAUAGAGGAUCACCACAUUUAUCUCGCUUGCGGUCCAGAAUUUUAACAUCGCGUGAUAUACAACCACAACAGAGUUCUUCGUUAUCAGUCUCUAGAAGUGAUGAAAAUUUGCAUCAAAGACAGCGAGGAAGUCAAGCAACACUUGGUACAGGCACUGAAGUAAGGCAAAAUUGUGGUAAUGUUACUGUGUAA